AUGCAGGCGGAUCCUGCAGCAUUGUAUGCCUUCGCCCGCCUGGCUGUGCAUACAGGUACGCAGUUGCUCCACCCGGCAGCCCUGCUGGAGUUCCGUGCCAGGCUGCGCGAGUUGGUCGAGGCAGGCCAGAGUUAUGAGGCCGCCUUGCUGUGGGGCUCAGUUUUGGAAGUGCAGCACUAUCCACCACCUCCCCGUGGGCUGUUGGAGGGCCUUCCUCCCGGGGUGCCCCCUAUUCGCACCGUGCCGUGCGUCGAGGUUGGCUGUGCCAGGUGCCGGGAAGGCAGGGGUGGCUUUCGCUUCCCGUUUGUUGGUACGUAUGCACGCCGGUCCAUCGUGGUGUCGGCAGCAACCUCUCCGGCUCGAGCCUGGGAGGGUUAUCACCAAGGGGGCGACGAGCGCCUCAGUUUUGCGAAUGUUUUCGAGAUGGGGUCAGGCUUGUGGCCAACCGAUAUGCUGCCGGACCAUGCCAACCGCCUGGUUCAGCGGGUGGGCGAGGAGGCUCAUCCUCGGGGAGCGACCCCGGGUCAGUUGUGGCUGCUUUGGCGUGACUGGCAGCAGGGCGAGCUUACUUGGAGGGAGCCAGCUUAUUACCCGAUUCCAUCAUGGGCCGAAGGACGGAGUGACCGUCGUGCCCGGGCCCAUCGCGCCCUUUGGCUCUUGCUGGGUGCCAUCGAGGCGGGAUUGGCUGUUCUCCCGUUUUCAUCUGCCAUCGUUGCCGAGAGCCAGCAUGCCUUGACUGCUCGCAUUCCUGCCUCUGCGGCUCAUAGGUUGAGGGUCUUCCUUGCUGCUUCUCUGGCCGGGCCAAUGAGCGGCAUCUACGCAGUGCAGGCGAUGGAGGGGCAAGCAGGGGCCGUGGAUGCCCCGCCUGGCACUGCGGCGGAGACGGUGGUUGACCGCGUCGCGGCGAAGAAAGUGCUGGCCUUUCGGGAGAUGCAUGGGCUCCUUGAGGAUGGCGACUUUGCUUACGCCUUCGCUUCCUGGGAGGAGGCCGCCUCGAAUGCCGGCCAUGCCGUGGCGGAUGCUUGGUCUGAGGUUUCCCAAGACCUUCAGGACGAUGCGCUGUUGAGCUUGGUGGACCGUGCAGUAGCAGCUGGGGCUGCGGCAGCCGAGUCGGCCCGGCCGGUCGUCCGGCUUAGCAAGCUUGUCAAGCCAGUGGGCGAGACAGCGCCACGGAAGCGGCGGCAGUCGGCGGCGCAGGUCUCGGGCCCCGAUGCAGGCGAGCUGGCCGACUUUAUGGCUGCCUCUUCCGAGCAUGCCACCGUGACUAGGGCUCUCAAGACCUUGCGGGAGCUGUCGCAGUGGCAGCAGCUUCGUGGUCGUGCUGCGGGGUUGGGCGAUAUCGACUCCAUCGACUUGUUCGCCUUCCUCCGCGAGGGCACGCAAGCACCAGCUCGAGCGUUAUCCGGGCUGCGUUGGUUCACGAAGAUGGCCAAUCUCCCGUGGGAGCUGGGUGGCCUACAGCCGGCGCCGACGCUGGGGCGGGAGGGACCCGCUCAAGCGGCAGUGGCCGAGCCGGGUAUGCUUGAGGAGCUCGAGCACAGAGUGGCCCAGAUGUAUGAUCAGAGCGACCCCAGGUGGACGUGCCUCUUGGCGGACUGGCUGAUCGCCAGCGGGUGCGUGCGGCACAAGCAUUUGGCCAGAUCGUUCCCGGUGUGUGUCACACAAUCUACUGCCCACUUCUUUUGGUGUCGUGGCAAGCAAGCCCACUCACGAGCCGGUUUCAGAUGGGCAGCCCCGUCCCACUUCUCCUGUGGGUUUGCAUGGGCUGAGGCCUGGGUGGAGUUUUACGGUUCCCUCCCAGCGGCUGCGAGGAAGCGGUGUGGCAUCUGCUUUGAUGCUGCUGGGCGUCCGUGGGAGUUGCGCCAGGUCACUCUGCUGACGCAGGAGAUCUUCAGCGGUCUGGAGCCACCGGUUACCACCUACUCGUGGCGGAGAGUGGCCCCCUCGGUCGGAUCGCUCCUCCAGCUCGACGAGCUCAGCUUGCUGGCGCUUGGCGAUUGGGCCGAUCGUGGUAAAAUUCGCGAGACGGGCGCCUCCAUGCCGCUGCACUACAGUGGUACGAAGUACGCCAUGAGUGUGCGGGUCAAACACCUAGUCUGGUCGGCAGCCUCCAGGUGCCUCACCUACGAUACAUGGUCCGAGGUUCCGCCCAGCAUGCUGCAGCGAGAGGAGUCGAGCCUUCAGGCUGAGGUGGCGGAGAAGAUCAGGUUGGAUUCUACCGUCAUCUGGAAAGCCCCAGCUGGGACACCGGGCCCUGAGGCGAAGCUGGCUUUCAAGACAACCGCUCUGAAGCUUCGCCGCCAGAGUCGGGCCACCACAGCGGGAGAGACCCGCCCUCGGCCAGCGGAGCCAGGAAUGCCGCCACAGGUCAAUGGGCGGACUCAUGCUCGCUAUCACACCUUUGUGCUACAGUCCUGCGGAGAGCCCAGCGGAAGUGACCCGCCCUGCUUUGCCUCGCUCACGGCCACCCCCGUUGCCAUUGGAGCCUGGGGCAGGAAGCGCCAGCGCGAGGGCGAUGAGGAGAAGUUCGACCGGCUGGCUCGGGAACCAGGCCGCCCGGUGAACAGGGGCGCGCUGGAGCACCCGACGGAGAUCUGGAAGAGCCAGGGUGGGGGGAAGCUCUUCUUGGGAGCGCUUCCCACAAGAGCCAAUCAGCAUCUGUUUCCGCCCAUUGCGCUCCAGAUUACAGCCAUGGCCAAGUCCCCGGCGGACCGUGGUGGUAUUGUUCUGCCUGGGGCCUUGCAUCGGCAGUGGCAGAUCACCUCCAGCGACCGACGCGAGCCCGACUUCCAAGCGUUGCUCCCCUUGGUGCGGGCUACCCUGCUGGAGGGCCAGAAUGUGCUGACGCAUUGUAUGGCAGGCAGGCACCGAGGAGCCGCAUCGGGCACCACUUUGCGGGCGGUCUUGAGCGGCGAGAGCCUGGACGAAUGCGAGGCUUUCAUUCAGGCCCGGCGCGAGAUCGAGCUCAACCGUGAUUUGGCCACCUGGUACAUUCGAGCUUUCCUGGGAGAGACCCAGUCGGCGGGGAGCCGAGGCCUGAGUGACAGGCGAGUGGGCAUCAUGUCGCAAGCCCUUGUCCCGAGAGACGGGAAUGAUUUCAAAGCUGCCUUGGACACCCAGUCCUUGAACUUUUCUCUGGCGCCGGAGAUUCAAGCUCGGUUGUUGAGUGAUGGGUUGUCUCACUUGGAGGAGCUUCGCUUCUUCUUCGACAACGAGGAGCAUGUGGGCAGGUGGGUCGCCAAGCUUAGCCUGGGUGAUAAAACCAUGCUGGAGACAUCUCGCCUCAGGCGGGCAUGGGCGGCCGUCAGGCUCUACUUCUCUACGUCAGAGCAAGAUCGCUCUAAGGUGGCCCUUACGGACCUCGACACCCUUCUCGAGGACUCCGAGCUUCGUGAUGUGAAGCUCGCGUUUUGGAAGCGCUAUCGGAUGCGUUUCCCCGCCGAGGUCCAUCCGGCGGACUCCCUCCUCUCUCGGGUGUCCCGGGAGAUAAACAAACGCAUGCUUUGCGUGUACGCUAUCUGGAAGGUGCGCUCGCUCUACUUCCAGCUCACAACAGUGCAGCGUAAGAGGAAGCUGGGCGAUAACCUGUAUACUGAGGAGCCCGACACCGAGGAGGCAGUCACGAAGGAUGCUGACACUUACCUUGAUAAGUUGUACACGCUGCUUCUGGCCUACUCGAUGGCAGGUGUGUUCCCACUGCCGGGUGUCGAUAUGAGCAAGGAGGCGGUCUUGAGUGCUUCUUCGGCCGAUUUCGUCGGUGUCCCCCUGGAUGUGGCGAUGGCUUACUUCUUUCGGGCAAAGAGAUGUGCAUCCCAGCUGCCUCCAGCACGCCGGUUGCAGUGGCUGCUGACUAAGGACGUCGAAGAGCGCAGCGAGUGGGUCACGAGGUUCCGAGAAGGCAACUCUUCCCUUGGGCUUAUUAUUAAGCAAGUUAUGGAAGCUCGUGACGCGCACUGGGUGGUUACAGGUGCCGCCUUGUCAGCCGGCUCGGGAGAGACCCAGGUCACGGCAAUCCCGCCUCCGCCGGUGCCACAGAUCUCCCACUUUCGGGAGGGACCCAAAGUGGGCCCGGUCGAUCUCUUGCUAAAUCCAGCGCAGGAUAUUUCUCGGUCGGCAUGUUUGCUCUUUGCAGCUUUGGAUUGCAGCACCAAGUCGGCGAUUCGUGAAAUACGAUUGCGACUGCCGAGUGGUCGCUCCGGCCCGCCCCCCCUUCGCAGCCACGAACACCCGAUGGGAUUGCCAGGUCUCAAGAUCGACGACCAGCGCAGAGUGUCCAAGGAUAACUGCGCUUGCCAGUUCGUGUUGGAAGAGCACUGGAGCGCGGAGGCAGAGAUGUGGGCAUCGGACCAAUGGUGGGACACCCGGUAUGAUGCUUGUUGUUUUAUGGGCGCCAGGCGGAAGCGACAGCGUCUUCGGCACAACAUCUGGGAGUUGACCCAGGGCCCUUCUUUGCUGUGCCAUCAUACGCACCACCCACAGGAGUGGCAGCCUUGGGAGGCACAGGGUAGGGUAUUCUACCCUUCCAAGGAGGAGGCGGAGUACACCGCCCCGCUCGCAUUCCACAUUGCUGUGGCCUGCAGUUGGUGGGCUGGUCGCUUGGGACUAGCUAAGCUGCGAGUGCCUCGGGGUCCCCCGAUUCAGUGUGUCGGCCGGCGUGAGCACUGGCUGGAGAUUGACUCCCGGGCCUUGCGGGAAUGGGCUAUGUCGCCCCUGGCCAUUUCCCUUGGUCUUCGUCCGAUCGACCCGGGCGAGGCGGCCCGGGUCCCCGUGCGAGUGGAGGUCGCCUCGGUACUUCGGGAGGACAAAUCUUUGCCCCCCGACGUGAUCUACGUGGGGCGAGGUCACCAUUCCCACAGGCUGCCCGUGACACAGUGGGCCUCGCCGUUCGUCCCAGGCCACAACUGCGGCGCCCAUGAGUGGCUCCCCCUUUACGUCGAGCACGUUCUGUCCAAUUUGCAGACGAUCUGGUGCAGCUCGAAGGGCGUUUGUGAAGGUGAUCUCCUAGCAGGCCUCGUGUUCGAUGCCGGGCGCCCACAGGGCAUACCUCAUCAGGGUGCAGCGGGCCGGCCCCGCCGAUCUGCCCAGAAGCGAAGUCGCCGUGUCUUGCUGGCGGCGGCUGCCUCAGCCCUUCCCACUCCAGUGGGAGCAGUUAUUCCAUACCUGCAUCAAGAUUCAGUGGUGGCCACAUUUCAAUCCUUCUUUCCUGGGGUGGAGUGGGGUGACUUCCGCUUCCCCAUGGUCGAGGACCUGAUCAAUGCACCCCCGUUUACUGACUACGUGCAAUGGUGCCGCGGGCGGCAAGAGGAGUGGGACGGCCCACUCUUGCCUCAGCUGGUGAGUGCGCAGCAGCGCCAGUGGCAGCGCACUGCUGAGGGCCAGCAGGUUGGGCUAUGGCCCACCGUGCAGCCUUGCCUCCUGCCCUUCCUUUCGGUCUCCAACCCGAUGUGCACUUCGAUCUUGCCCUUGAGCUUGCCAGGUGACGGCCAGCAAGCGCGGGGGCUUCGCGAGUGGCGCCAGGCUUCUCUCGGGGCUAUCCGAGAGCUCAAGCGGCGCUGGGCGGGCGUGGAUUCCCGUCUCAGGGCGAGCCAGCAGGCCCCUCUCCGGCGAGUGACGCGGAAGAGGGAUAUCGGGCUGUUGGCACUGCUGUCCCUUUUGGUGUCGUGGGGGGUGCUUGCUGAUGCCUCGGCAUCCAACGCUCGGGUGCGGGCGAGCUUGCGUCCAGGGCGGGACGAUGCAUUCCUGUUGGAGCAGAGCCUUCGUGAUGCCGAGAGCGGGUUCUGCUCCGAGCCACUCCGUUACCCACAGCUCCUUCGAGCAGUGGGUGGCCUUCCUUUUCGCCUGAUCCCGCGCUGCGUCAUUACCCAAAGCAGCGGCAAACAGCGCAUUAUCGACAAUGCCGACACUGGCGGCCAAUCAGAGCUGAGCUCAGAUCCGAACAAGCUCGUCUUGUGUUCCCCGUUGCGGCCGGCACAACAUGCGGCGGCCUUGCUCGCUUGUCUCGAUGAGCCGUCUCGCCAGCGGGCAGCUGCCGAGGAUGCGCUUGAAGGUGGGGGCGAGGACUGGCCCGAGGCCUACCGCCACUGCCCCAUGGAUGGUGCAUCAUCCAGGUGCUGCGUUGUGGUGUGGUGGCACCAGGACUGGGGUGAGCCAGCCUAUCAGCUCUACACUGGCUUGCUGUUUGGCCUCCCUUUGGCAGUUACAAGCUUCAACCGCUAUAGUCGGGCGGCCGAAGCGUUGGGCCGGCGCCUCCUUGCCAUUCUUGUUUCUAUGUACUUCGAUGACGCUCAUCUCACAGAUUGGGCUUCAUCCAAAGGCUCCGCGCAGUCUAGCUUUGCUGGCUUGAACACCUGUCUUGGCUCCCCCUUUGCACCCGCCAAGCGUCAGCCGAUGGCCUUGAGAGGAACCUUCCUGGGCCUCAACUUUGAUUUCGAGGGCUGUCUCCAGUCUGGUCUCGUGCGCUUCUUUGUUCGCGAUCGGCUGGUCUCGAAGGUGCAUGAUAUGUUGGAUCAGGCUAUUGCUUCCAGUUCCCUUUCCCCGGGCCUUGCAGCUAAGAUUUAUGGGACCUGCAACUUCCUUGAGCAAGGGAUGUAUGGGCGCGUGGGCGCCGGUGGGCUUCGCGCGAUUCGCGAACGCUCAGAUGAAGGUGGCCGGGAGCUGACCCCGCCAAUCCUUGCUUGCUUCUCUCUCAUCCGCGCGGUUUUGGCGGUGCGGCCAGAGCGGGAGUUCGAGGUGUUGCCUCGACCCGUCGCCCGUUUCUGCGCUGCGAGCGACGCAGCGGAGGACACUCCCGGGGCGGGAUCCGGUGGCUUCCACCUGGUGUGGCUUGAUGCCCCGGAGAUUCGAGAGAGCUUCAUAGCCAACAUCGGUCCCGAGGUCUAUGCUCAGUUCACUCCGGGAGAGCAUAAAAUUGCCCAACUCGAGUUGGCGAUGGUGUUGUACGCCCUUGCCGUUCGGGCCCCUUCCUUUCGUGGGCGGCGUGGCUACUGGUAUAUUGACAAUGUAGCCGCCUUGAUGUCCCUCAUCAGAGGCCGGUCGAGCUCUCCUGACCUCGAAUGCCUGGCGCAGUUGAUUCACAUUGCAAUGUUUGCACUGCGCACUUCUUUCUUCUUUGAGUACAUUCCGUCGAAGACGAACUGGGCUGAUGCAGUCAGUCGUGUCGGCUUUGCCGACCCCUGGCUCCACCAGCGUGGCUUCUCCUGCCACGUUGCUUCUUUUCCCUUUCAGCUCGUGGGUCUCCCCUUCCUCGCCGUGCUGCGGGUGUUCGAGUUUCUGUGA